ACUGUGGCACAUUUGCUUUGCAGGGCAGAAUUAAAGGUAGUGUGGGUUCCAUGCUUUUCUAGACCUAGAACUUAAGUACUGAUUGAUGCCACUUUGAAGAAAACUGCUUAAAAUUUUAUAGUGAGAUGACUUUAUAAGUGAAAAUUUUCAGGAAGAUUUUAUGUGAUUUUUAAAAUCAACUUAGAUGUUUGGAAUUUGGAUUGCUGCCCUUUUAUUCUUUGGCACAUCAACAGGAGAAGAAGUUUGCUAUGAAAGGGUGGGGUGCUUUAAAGAUGGUUUACCAUGGACCGGGCCUUUGUCAAGACAGUUGGCAGGUUUACCCUGGUCUCCAGAGAAGAUAAACACUCGCUUUCUACUUUACACUAGACAUAAUCCCAAAGUCCAUCAGGAAAUCAGUGCAGUUAAUUAUUUAACUAUCCAAGCCUCACACUUUGGAACAGACAAGAUCACCCAUAUCAACAUACCUGGAUGGAAAUCAGACGGCAAAUGGCAGCAAGACAUGUGCAAUGUGUUGCUAAAAGCAGAAGAUGUGAACUGCGUCAAUGUAGACUGGAUUAACGGUUCGCAGCACUACAUCGUCGCGGUAAACAAUUUCCGUGUUGUUGGUGCUGAGGUGGCUUAUUUUAUUGAUGUUCUUGUGAAAAAAAUUGGAUAUUCCGCUUCUAAAGUGCACUUGAUUGGCCACAGCUUGGGAGCUCAUGUGGCUGGAGAAGCUGGGUCAAGGACGCCAGGCCUUGGAAGAAUAACUGGGUUGGACCCAGCUGGGCCAGGUUUCCACAACACUCCAGAUGAAGUCAGGCUGGACCCCUCAGAUGCCAACUUUGUUGAUGUUAUCCAUACAAAUGCAGUUCGCCUCCUCUUUGAUCUUGGUGCUGGAACUAUUAAUGCUUGUGGUCACAUUGACUUUUACCCAAAUGGAGGGAAGCACAUGCCAGGAUGUGAAGAUUUAAUUUCACCUUUAUUUAAAUUUGAUCUCAAUUUUUAUAAGGAAGAAGUGUCUUCCUUCUUUGCUUGCAACCAUGCCCGAAGUUAUCGCUUUUAUGCUGAAAGCAUUCUCAAUCCUGAUGCAUUUAUUGCGUAUCCUUGUAAAUCCUACAGAUCUUUUGAAGCAGGAAAUUGCUUCCAUUGUCCCAAGGAAGGCUGUCCAGUGAUGGGUCAUUUUGCUGAUAGAUUUCACCUCAAAAAAAUGAAGCCUAAUAGACCAUAUUAUUUUUUAAACACAGGGAUUUUUCCCCCAUUUGCCCGUUGGAGGCAUAAAUUGUCUGUGAAACUUGAUGGAAACAACGUCACUCAAGGAAGCAUAUAUCUCCGUGUAGGUGGAACGACUGGGAAGAUGGGGGAGUUCAGGGUUGUCAGUGGAACACUGAAGCCAGGCAUGACUUAUACAAAUUUAAUUGAUGCAGACAUUAAUGUUGGAAACAUUACAAGUAUUGAGUUCUUUUGGAAAGAACUCUCAUUUGAACAUUCUCAGAAUAAGUUGGGAGCAGAAAUGGUGAUGGAUACAUCUGGAAAAUAUGGAUCUGAAUCUACCUUCUGUAGCCAGAACAUUGUAGGACCUAAUAUUGCCCAGAUCCUGAAAUCAUGCUAAUCCCAGAUAUAAGCUUGAUGGAUUUAUUUAUUGGGAGCAAUGGAAAAAUUAAUCUCCUUCCAGCUGGUAUCCAGACCAAACUUGGCCCUUGUAAAUGAGAUAGAAAGGUAUAGUUGCCUUUUUUCUGUAUAGAAUGUUUUUCUUAUUGACAAGCUUUUAUAUGUCCCUUAAAACCAGACUGAGCCCUGGGACAGGGUACAGUAUUACGAUCUAUAGGAUCCUGGGUAUCAGUGACAAAAUAGAGCUGUGUUGGAGUUUCCCUGAAUAAGAGGAGGUGUUACAAGUGGUGUAAACUCAUCAGUGAAAAUGAGCCUCUGUCUGGUUGAAUGUUUGAAGUACAUUUAGAGUAUUUCCAGGUGGAAUACUCAUUGUUCUAAAAUGAUUUGAAGAAUAUUUACUAAGCUGUUAAAUCUUACUAAGACAGAUUAUGUCUAUAGCUCAUGAUGUAUAGUAGAUGAUAACCCUGUGGUUUGAUACAUCUAUCGAUUAAUAAUGAAAACUAAUGAAAGCCCAUUAUUAUUUCCAAGGUGUUCCAUGGUCUUCAGGGUAUGUGUGAGAUAACAGAGAUCUUGGAGCCUAUCUGUGAUGUGUGUAUCAAUUAGAAAUGGUCCCUCAGGAUCAUCAUCCCCUUUUUCUAGAAGCCCCCUACCAUGGAAUUACUCACCUCCCUGGGUCUUGAAGGUCCUGUUGCAAAUUUGUAUUUAGCCUAAAGGCAGCAUUUCAUUUCUAAAGCACUUGUGUUUAUAAUAACAGUAUUGUAAUAUUUAAAUGUCAUUAGUGCUUUUUCUUUUAUUCUGCCUCAAUUUCGUCUAAUUCAGUUGUCCUCAUCCAGUGAAUAUAAAAGAUGAGUGUUUUCAAUUGCUCUGUUUUCUAUCACUGGGCUCAGUGGUUGGCCUAUAGCACUGUGCUAUAAAUACUGCUGAAAAGAAAUGAUGACAGAUACUCUGCAGAGGGCUUCUUGAUUCUCCUUGGUGCCUUGCUGCCAACUGAACCUUGGGAAGAGACCCAUGGGUGUAUGUGAACUUGAGUUGUGGCAGAAAGCAGAGAACAAAGUGGGGUGACCUUCCCAUUGAGCAAGGAGGAGAUAGAAGGUUGACUGGAGAGCAAGGCUUGGUGGAAGGAGGAGAGGAGAUGAGGAUGUGUUUGGCCUGAUCCAGCUGAGCAUCCUAAUUCCCUGGUGCCAUAUCGGCCCGAGGCCCACGCCAGCCCAGGCACUGGGUGGUCAAGAACAGCCCCGGCCGAAGUGUCUGAACCCUACUGAGUGUGUCGCAGCCCCAGUGCUCCUGAGCAACCUGGUAGUGCGGUCGGCUUCAUGGCUCUGGGGGACAGAAACCUGCUGUGAGAGCAGCUGCCCUGAGCCUGCACUGCUGUCUGCUCAGCCUUUCUUCCUUUCAGGAGGGGCUUGCCAACUGGGAGGAAGAAUUGUGAGCCAGGAUGCAGCACUAGGCUCUGUGUGUCCUGGCCUGCUUCCUUGUUCAAGGGGUCUCUGGACUGGCUCUUUCUAAGCUUGAAAAGACAAAUUGGAGUCAAUUAACUUCUAGGAACCCUAUUUUAAUCAACUAUAGACUUUCUGUCCCAUUUUUCUCACUACCUGUCCCCUUUUUUGCAUUAUAAGAAUGUCGUGAGUAUGAAAAAUAGUGCGUGAGCUAUCCAGGAAGAUCUGAAAGUUUGAAGUGACAACGUUAUUUUCUGUGUGUAUUGCUUCCUAGGGAAGCUCUUUAAAAAAAAUGAUGCCCUUUCUCUCUGAGUGCCCUGUAUUACUAUAGCAGAGUAUUUGGGGUGAAGACUGUUAGGAAAUUCUUCUGCUUCUUAAGUGAACUGCCCUUAAUGCCAAAAAGUGACUUCCAAUCCCAUUAGCCAUCACUUCUUCCACUGCGCAUUGCCAGCGAUUCACACUCAUGCAUCAUCAUCACAAUACUCCCAAACGCUCUCCUCUAAACUUGCACGUGGGACCGUCCCCCUCUUGGACCACAGCUGCUUCCCCUUCAGGCUGAUGGAGUGAACUUCUCAGACCUCCUUGCAACUUCUGUUCCAUUACUUUUCGAGUUCCUUGCAACCCACCAACACAUUUCCUUUCAUACCCAGCUUAAGUUGCAUGAUAGUUUAGUAAUAAUGCCUAUUAACACCCUAAACUCCCUUUUUUUGUAUCCUGUUGGGCAAAACCUCAACCUGAGCACACCUCGUGUUCCUCUUUGUCUAGGCCAACACGCAAAUAAUUGAGGGCUACUGGGAUUGUCACAUCUCAGAGAGGACACGUGUAACUCUAAGGUAGUCAUCAACCCUGUCCCGAAAUUCUACCUGUUUGGGGUUUUUUGUUUGUUUUUCGCUUUUUAACAGCUUUUACCCCAAACUCUCCACCUACUUUAUACACAAAACGGAGGUCAUCAGAGAGCAAAUUUCUCCUCUUUUUAAUCCAGACAUAUCAAUUACCUACAUCUGCAUCCAUUCUAUCCUUUUUCUUUCUAAUAGGGAAGCUGCCCCUUCUCCCAUCCAAGGCCAGUGCCUACCUCUGUGCAUUGGAUUUCACUCUCUCCAGCUUUCUUGGGAAUCCUAUCCUAUUGGUUACAUUUUUUUCCUUUGCACAUUUAAGCUCUCAUUGCUUUAGAUUUUUUAAAGUCUGAGUCUCUCCCAUUGAGGGGAAAAAAGUCAUUCUCAACCUUGUUUUCCCCUUUAGUCCCAUCUGACCUGAAAACAGCUCACACUCAGAUUUCCAGUGACUGCCAAGUACGAAGUUGAAUGGGAAAUUUUAUUCAUUUGUUCCAUCCCUCAACAGAAUUCAGCACUGCUCUCAACUCCCUCCUGCUCUUUCCUUUUAAAAUUAAAAAAUAUAUAUAUUUUUACUUUUUACUGUAGAAAUUUUCAGAUAUUCACAACAGCAGAGAAAUUGGUUAAGUAAAACUCCCAAGUACUUGUCAGCGAGUUAAAUGAUUUUCAGAUUUUGCCAAUUCUUUGUUAUGAGUGUGUACAAAAACACACACUCCCUGUGUUUGUUUUGUUUGUUUUUGCUAGAUUAUUUUAAACCAGAUCCUAGAUGUAAUACCAUCACUCCCAUUUAAACAUCAGUAUGAAUCUCUAAACAAUAAAUUUCUUGAACAUAACUAUAAUAUCUAUUUUAUUAAAAUUAACAAUAAUUUUUAAAUGAACUUAAGAUUAACUAAAAGAAUUAACCAUAGUUCCUUAAUGUCAUCUUAUAUUCAAGUUGUUUUUAAAUUUCCCAGAUUGUCUGAAAAAGGUCUUUCGGCAGUUGGUUUGUUUAAAUUGGGAUCCAAGCAAGAUCCACAGAUUGCAUAUGAUUAAACAUAUCCCUGAGUCUCUUUUUGUCAAUGUUUCCCCUCCCCGCUUUUCCACACCAGUUGUUAAAUUAAUCAGGUUAUUUGUCCUGUAAAGAUGGGAUCCCCUUGGUAUCAUUUAGUACAUUCCUCUCUCCCGUGUAUUUCCUGUAAACUAGUACUUAGGUCGGGACACUUGAUGGGAUUCAGGUUCUUGUCUGCUAGGCAGUGGGGAUUGUCCCCCUCCAUGCAAGAUCGAUAAUUUCUGCACCUUACUUACAGCUCUCAAGUUAACUGGUGAUCUUUAAUUCAUUCAAAGGAUUAUGUAUAUACUAGCACUUUAUAAAUUUGAAAGGGCUAUACCAGUUAGAGUUGUAGGUAAAAUAAAAUAUUGACUGGCUUCAAAUCUAGUUGCUAAAUGGCAGGCAGAGAAAGGUGACUUGAAGAAGGUUUACAAGGGUUUGUGCUCCAAAGGAAUUGGAGGAAAGGGGCAAAUUGUGUAAAGAUCCAGUUAUGGAAGAGGCAUUGAACUCAGCACUAUGCCUAUGGCUAAAGGACGUGGAUCAUAAAUGCUCCUGCAGAAGUUAAGGAAAAUCCAGAUAUCUGGUUGAAUUGUGUGUCUGUUUCCCCAGGCUGCUCAGAUCAGAGUGAAUAAUAGAAAUUACCCUUCUUAACAGAGCCCUCAGGUUUUGUUGACUCUGCAGCUCUUCAGAAUAAGCAGAGGACCUCGGGAACAGAAGUAUAAUUUAUGCCAAGUUAUUGUUUCCCAGCCUUUUAAAACCUAAACUCAUGUUAGAUAAACAUAAAAGUCUCAUGUCCCUCCUGGGGUCUUUACUCCUCCACUUGGGAAAAUCCAUCUUUUUUCGUAUACCCUCUGGCCAAAAAUAUUUCAUAAAUCUUUACUUUCUGCAGAUUAUGCAAUAAAAAUGAUAGGUGUGCUUUGUAUUAUGUUGUGUUAUUUUUUCCCCCAAAUACAUACUUAUGAUACCAGAUGGCCUUCUUUGUUUUACACAUGAUUCUCUAAGAGUUCUGCUCUAAAUGAUUUAAGUCUUAUACUCAGGAGAGUGGAGUCUUUCCACUAGAUUUCACUCCAAUAUGAGAGAAUGUCUGUGUAGACUGGGCCAAAGAUUUUUGGUAAAUGUUUUCUCCCUUAUACAGUCUAUUUCCAAAGUUUGAGUUUUGCAAACAUUUAACCUUUACAUAGUCAUAUAUCUUUCAUUUCUUUUCGUAGGCUGUUUUUUUUCAUUCAUUCAUUUAAAAAACAUUUAUUGAGUUACCCUUAUGUGCCAGGCAUUGUGCUAGGUCAUGAGGUUAUAUGAAAAACAAGAGAUAGCCCUUGCUCUUGAGGAAUACAUAGCAUUGCAGAGGACACAGGAAAGUAAAUCCUUGAUUAUAAUACAUCAUGACAAGAACUGUGAUAGAAGCGGGCACAGGGGUGAGAGUGGCUUAGAAAAGAACCAGCUUACUCAAUUACUCUUACACCUUUACCCAUCAUUGAUUGAUCUCCUAUAAAAGCAAUGAUGAUAAAGAAAAAGAGCAGUAGGUUUUCAUUUCUGAAUUCUGUGGUUAUCAUAUACAUUGUUUUAAGUGAUUCCAUUUUGGAACUCAGUGUACUUUAUUUUUCCAGUACCUGUGGUCCUGGAGAAACAGAACUGGCAUUUCGCUCAAACAUUCACACAUAAAUCUAUCCAUCAAGGAUCUAUUGACUGUCAGCUGUGGCCAGAGAAGCAAUAAUUUCCUUGAGGGUCCCAGGAAGAGGAAGCAAAGGCCAUGCCCAAUAGAUUUAGGAUUACGCCAACCAGAGCAUGACUAAUCCAUUCAUCUCGGGCUCUUCUAAGACACAGUCCAGUGGUCCUAACAGAGUCAACUGCAGAACAAUGCCCAUGGAUCAUGAAGACAGAUGCAAUUACCAAGCUUCAAUCCAUCAUUUAGGAAUAACCACAGCAAACCUAACAUUUAAAAUAACUUAAGGGUAGAAAUGUAUGUGUGGAGAUGAGAAUGCCAACUUAAAAGUAAAGGAAACACCAUUUUUUCUGGACCUUUACCUUGAAGAGCAGGUGAUGCCUCUGUGGGCGGAAGCUGAUGCCUCUGGAUGCUCUUCAUUAAUAUGAGAUGACACCCUCCAGCUCUUUGGUUAAAUAAGAAUUCUGUUCAAAUCAUAAUACCACAUGCAAGAGUGAGAAAAAGGAAGUGUUAGAAGAUUCCCUUCUGGCUUAAAAUGAAAAGUGUUAGUGAUUCCCUUCUGGCUUACAAUUCCACACUUGUAGCUUCUGGAAAGCAGAAAGGAAUUUAAAUUUUAUCUCCACAACAAAACAUUUUUAAGUCGACCAAUCAGAAUUAGACCUUUUACAUGAUGAGGGUUACUUUCACAGGAUAUAACAUCACCAUCUAAAGUCCACGUGUUUUACUAACAUUUUCAUUAUACACAAUGCCAUUUGCUUUUUCUCCAAAGCUACAGGGGAAAAUGCAACAUUUCCCCUGUAUUACUUGCAGAGGUUUCUUUUACCAGCACUUAUGAAGGCUUGUGGAUUUUCAAGUGCAGAAAAUGUAAUUCUAUUGGUUAUCACAAAGAGAGAGACAGGCCCAAGGAGUCCAAAACACACAACUUGGAAAAAGAAAACUUCAGAAAACAAAUGGAAUAUGGGACAUUUACUACUUUGUAUGAACAAUGCAGACGAUGUUUUCAGAGAUCUCAGAAACAGAGGGUUAUUUCUUUUUGAACUUUCAAAAUAUCUUAAAAUUUAAUGUAGUAAAUGUAGAGCAUGGAAUUGUGAAUUGGAGGUCUGUUUCUGAUUCCAGAAUCAAUUCACAGGCAAAUAAUUUGGCUUUGAGCCUCAGUGUGUCCACUUAUAAAACAAAGAUCAUGAUUAUGAUUUCUGGGAUUGCUUUCCCAUUCUGAAAUCCUUCAGCUAAUUAGGUGAGGGUAUGUAUACAUGAAUAAGUGGAUAGAUGGCUGAAUCAAUCAGUUAAAAAUAAAAUUUGGAUUUUCUGGUGUGUUCAUAAUGCUUCCCAACCAUGUAAUGCUCUCAUUAGGUAUCUAGAUGUUUCUAUGAUGUACACUGAUUUUCCCUAAUAAAUUCAUGUUUUAAGUUUGA